AGUGUGAGGAACGCCCCGAAUUGCGGGCUGCAGUUGCACACUAUUGAAGCUUGGUGCUACAUCAUGUGCACUCUGGGUGCUCAAAUUUUCCACAGCUGAUUUGCCUGAGAGUUGUGUUCAACCGAUGUCAUGCUAUGUUUGUACAGUAACCGUGUAGUCAGCUAACUGUGUGCAUAUAUAUAUACACGACGGAAACAUGACCAUCUGACUUCAACUGGCAAUCACGAAACAGGAGAUGGACAAGCAGAGCAAAUUGUCACCUGCAGUCCAGCCCUUUGUUCCAAAAGUCCAGCAGGAAGGGAGAUUGGAGGCCCCUAAACAACUGACAACUUCAUUGCCCCUGACACUACCAAACCUUUAUCUGUUAGAUCAAGGUUCUAGAAGGCAUCAGGCUGGUAAGUCUACUUCAGGUGAGGACUCGAGAAAGAGCCCCAGGCAGAGGCCAUCAAUCACUGAUGGUAUGCGAGGAGACGCACAGAGCAAGCAUGGCUACAUCAGCAGCCGUCGUACCAAAGGGACAACUGAAACCAGUGCAUACACACCUGGAGAACGACUCAUACGUGAUCAGCAGACAAAGGCAUCAAAAUCUAGUUCUGAGUUUGGUUCUCAGGACAAUAACAUGAUCAGGACAUCAUUGGAUGCACCAGGAAGAGGGGGUUUUAGAGGGACCAGAUCUGCCACAAAGUCAUCAGAGAGAUCUGAACCUGCCCAGGUGGAUCUUGUCACGUUUGAGGUGAAAAUGGCUGAAUUCCCAGAGCUGGGUGGUUUGGCACCCGGCAGUCCUGCACUUCCUGCCCCACAGAAACCUGGAACCUGCUGGGGAUCAGCUUCACCAUCCCUCACCCCCCAUCAUCAGAGCUCAGUAUCCACUAGUAAGACUACACCAGUAAGAAAAGGACAAAGACAGGACCCCAGUCGAUGCACCGCUUCCAGUGAAAAUAGUGAUGCAUCCUUGACUAUCGCACAAGGUCAGCCUGUGGAGGCAGUUUCACAGAGCAGUGGCCUAGCAGUGACCUCCUGGGCCAAUGUGGCCUCCCAGCCUCCAAAGAAAGUAAUCCCCAAGAAAACAGUCAAUAAUGGCACUCCCUCCCAGAAGGAAACAUCUGUGCAGCAAGAAGAACAAGCCUCUGAGAAGAAGAAAAGGAAGAAGAAGAAGAAAUCCAAAAUGCCGGGUGAAGGUGGAGCGUUAGAGGAGUCUGAGGACCUGGUCAUUUAUCAGGAGCCACCCAAGUUUGAGGAUGAAGAAGAGUUUCCAGACUUGUCUCUGGCCUUCGCUGGUUUAGGCAGAGUGCAAGGCCACAACUCAUUAGUGUUCAGCAACAUGGCAAAACUAGUCAACAAGGAGGAGGGUCACAGAGAAGGAACAGCACUCCAGCCAGGUGACCAAAACAAGGACAAAGCCACAACAGGAAAAGCUCUCCCUUCAGAGACAAAGAAGGGACAGAAAGCUGAGAAGACAAGUGGGAAGAAGAGCAAAGUCCCUGUGCAGCUGGAUAUUGGGAAUAUGCUGGCGGUUCUGGAGAAGAAACAGCAAACUCAGAAAGACAAGCAGGACACCAAAGGGGUCAUCCUCUCAGUUGGUGGGUCGCUACCUGUCGGCCAUAAGAAUGCACUAAUCCAGAAGAAACCAUGGACACAGGAUAAGAUAGCCCACAACCCCUUGGACUCGACCAGCCCUCUGGUAAAGAAGGGCAAGCAGAGAGAGGUUCCCAAAGCUAAGAAACCCACACCACUGAAAAGGGUGAUUCUCAAGGAGAGGGAAGACAGGAAACAGAACCGUUUGCUGGAGGAGCGGGCACUGCCCUUUUCAAGUGAAGAAUCCAAGAUGUCCGGCGACAUAACAGAGGAGCUGUGUGAGGCCAUCGGCAUAGACCAGGAACAGCGUGACUCUACAGAUGUAAGCAGCAGCCCUACUAGCCCCUCUGUGCUUGAGGAGGAGCAGUCAGAAGUACAUGAGGAGACUGAGAAGGAGACGGAGACUGAGGAGGAGACGGAGGAGACUGAGAAGGAGACGGACACGGAGGAGACUGAAGAGCCAACCAAUCAGUCUCAGCCACAGCCCUGCCCUCCCUUUCAACCCAAAAUCCACAGCAGGAAAUUCAGAGAUUACUGCAGCCAGGUGCUGAGUAAAGAUGUGGAUGAGUGUGUGACCAACCUGCUGAAAGAGCUGGUGCGCUUCCAGGACCGGCUGUACCAGAAAGACCCUAUGAAGGCCCGCAUGAAGAGGCGUCUGGUCAUGGGCCUCCGGGAGGUCCUCAAACACCUCAAACUCAGGAAGGUCAAGUGUGUUGUCAUCUCCCCCAACUGUGAACGCAUCCAAUCUAAAGGCGGUCUGGAUGAAGCUCUCCACACCAUCAUUGACACCUGUCGGGAGCAGGGCGUUCCCUUUGUGUUUGCCCUCUCCAGGAAGGCCCUGGGCCGGUGUGUCAACAAAGCUGUGCCUGUCAGUCUUGUGGGCAUCUUCAACUACGAUGGAGCACAGGACCAUUACCACAAAAUGAUUGAGCUGUCGUCAGAGGCGAGGAGAGCUUAUGAGGUGAUGAUAGAAAACUUGGACUUGACAUCACAAGGAGAACAAGAGAACCAGCUGAGCACUGGGCCACUGCCAUCUCCACCAGCCUGCUCAGAAUUAGAGGAGCCAGAGUACAUAAAACUGUGGAAGAAAAUGCUGGAGAAGGAAUGCAAUCACAAGUUUUUAAACUUCGAGGGGCAGUUUAGCUCCGUCCCCAGGGCCAGUGACUGUGAAGAACAGAUGGAUGAGAAGAGUUGAUGGAGACUGCCUAAAAACCCACUUGAUGCCAGCGCUGACUAUCAGUCCUGAAGGAAAUACUUGAUGGCACACUAUAGCACGAUUAACCCCAUGAUGUUGUAUCGCAAAUGGCACCCUAUUCCCUAUAGGGAAUAUUGUGCCAUUUCAGAUGCUGACAGAUCAAAAUUGAUCUAUUUCCUGGGACCAAACCAAUCACUAGAAGUGACCCUUCAGCAUUUAUUUACACUGCUCCAUGAUUGAGUAUGCAGAACAAUUUGAGCUAGGUUUAUUUACCUAAUGUGCCUAUAUAAAAUAGAAUCAAAGUAUACUUUAUCUGUGAAUGUUAGAUGAGCGACAUGAGGUCCAGUUUUUUUUCUGAACCAAUGGAAAUGCCACAAACUAUUUUGUUUGCCUGUGUUCAAAUUAGGCAUUAUUUCCUUUGUCAAUCAUGUGUGUACUUACUGUAUAAGGUUGAGAUUCAGUGAGGCUACACCAGUCAACAAAUGUCUGCUGUCAUAUACACUGAUAUGAACUUUGGUCUUUGAUAUUAGCCAAACUAAAUUAUAAUUUUAUUCUUAAGAGACAAUGUUUUGUCUUUAAAUAAUUGUCAAUACCUAAUGAAGCUGAUAUAAUUUUGUCAAUUUACUUUGUUACAUUCUUGUAAUAAAGACAUUCAUGUGCAAUACUUUAAUAGCAUUUUUUUUAUAACAUGGUUCAGUGAUCAAUAAUGAUCUGAAGUGAUGUUUUUUUAUGUUCAUUGUUUUUACAGUCUAUUCCUUCUGAUGAAUCAUUUUGAAUGGGACUAGUGUCAAUGCAGUAAAACCGCCCCCAAAUCAAAAUGA